AUGGGAGUAGGUCGCCGCAUGAAGAAGCAAGGUCCGCCGCCACCCUUGGACGAGUCUCGCAUCUCCUCUCUGAUGAAACGCAAAGCCGGCGACUUUGACGACUCUGCGAGAGGGAAGAAGAGAAAAGCCUCUGGAGAAAUCAAAGUGCCAACACCUGCGAAUCCAGCAUACAAUCACACUGCGAACUCGGGACUUAAGCUUGCUACCAAGGGAAAGUUCGCCAAUGGCUUCGGCAAGGCGCAGAAGGGACAAAAAGGCGGAAAGGGAAUGAGGAUGGCUGAUGCUGUCAUGUCUGGUGCGCUGCAAGACGAAGACGAGAGCUCGGACGACGAUGCGGCAGAUUUUUUGAGAGGCAAUGAGAAGGAAAUUAGCACCGACGAUGAUGCGGCGGACCUUUUAGGAGGAGAGGAGGAAAAGGAUGCAGGCUUGCUUGGUGGAGAGGAAGAUGGCAUGUCGGAAGAUGGGAAGGGCCUGGGGGAUGAGUUUUUAGGGUCUGAAUCUUCGGUGUAUGAUUCGGACCCACAGCAAGAGAAAGCGAGAUUUUCGGAGGAUGAAGAUGAGUCUGAUGCCGAAGAGAAACUCACGGCUGCAAAUAUCGCGGGACUGUCGAGGCGACUAGAUGAAAGGCAAGAGGAAGACGCAGCGGAGGCGCAGCUUGAGCUGGAAGAAGCAGCUUUGCAAACCAACCUAGAUGGUGACCGACCAAAUGUCUUGGACGAUGAGGAUGAAGAUGCAGGCCCAGUAUCGAGACUGGCGCCAGACCUGCAACUCCUUCGAUCACGCAUUACAGACACCGUCCGCGUCCUGGACGACUUCUCCAAACUUUCUGAACCGGGUCGAUCCCGCGCCGAAUACACAGCCCAACUCAUUAAAGAUGUCUGCCUCUACUACGGCUACUCUUCCUACCUUGCAGAAAAGCUCUUCAACCUCUUCACACCCCGAGAAGCAUUCGCAUUCUUCGAAGCUAAUGAAUCUGCCCGCCCAGUUGUCAUACGCACAAAUACCAUCCGAACCCAUCGCCGAGAGCUAGCGCAAUCGCUCAUCAACAAAGGCGUGACGCUUGAGCCUGUGGGGAAGUGGUCGAAAGUUGGGUUGCAGGUAUUCGAAAGCCAAGUACCCUUGGGAGCUACGCCGGAGUAUCUUGCCGGCCAGUACAUCAUCAUGGCCGCUUCUUCGUUCCUCCCCGUUAUGGCUCUCGCACCUCAAGAACAUGAAAGGAUUCUGGAUAUGACAGCGGCCCCUGGUGGAAAGACUACCUAUAUCGCCGCUUUGAUGAAAAACACCGGCAGCAUAUUCGCAAAUGACAGUAACAAAAACAGAACCAAGGCUUUGAUAGGCAAUAUUCACCGUCUCGGUGUCAAAAAUACCAUUGUUUGCAACCAUGACGCUAGAGAAUUUCCAAGGGUGAUCGGUGGCUUCGAUCGCGUACUACUCGAUGCUCCGUGUUCUGGUACAGGCGUUAUCGCGAAAGAUCCCAGCAUCAAGACGAACAAAACGGAGAAAGACUUCAUGCAACUGCCGCACCUACAGAAGCAGCUUUUACUCUGCGCUAUUGACUCUGUCGAUCACACGAGUAAGACUGGAGGCUACAUCAUCUACUCGACGUGUAGCGUAUCCAUUGAGGAGAACGAACAGGUUGUGCAUUACGCUCUUAAGAAACGACCGAAUGUCAAGCUUGUAGAGACAGGCUUGACAUUUGGUGUAGAUGGCUUUGUGAGCUACAUGGGCAAGCAGUUCGAUCCGAAGAUGAAGAUGACGAAACGGUUCUACCCACACGCUUACAAUGUUGACGGCUUCUUCGUGAGCAAGUUCAAGAAGACGGGGCCAUCGCCAAAUAUGUCGACAAAGGAAGGAGUAGCGAAUGGCGCUAAGAAUAGCGAUCCAUUGGGUAUGGUAGACAGGACGCCGAUCGCAACUGAUGAUGAAGAUGAGGAGCAAGCUUUUGGUAGUUUUGAUGACUCGGAGGAUGAGAAAUACAUGGAGAAGGCAAGGAGAAAUCGCUUGAGGAGGAAAGGGAUUAAUCCCAAGGCCGUGAAUGGGAAGAAGAAGGCCGAUAUCAACGCCAAGUCAGUCGAGAAGGAGGAGACGACUAACGGAACGACUGCUGUUAAGCACCCAUCGAAAGUUGCUACUACUGGCUCCAAAGGCAUCAAGCAUUCCAAAGCCAAGGCCUCCACGAAUGCCAGUCCCCGGGUGAAAGCACCUACUGUUCGUGCUAGGUAG